AUAUACUUGAAAAAAAAAUUGUUAGUAGAAGAAGCCAUGUGAGUGGAGUAUGAAAACUAUGCUAAAACUUUGUCUUUUUGACUACUCUCUGUCCCAAAACUCUAUUUUGCAAAUGCAUCUGAUCGACCAAAGCUUUAAUGGCUUUUACUAUCUCUUACCUCUUCCCCACUCCAAAGUUCCCAACUCCACCGAUUUACAACCCUUCUUCAUCUGGAGCCAGGCAAGUCUUGUCUCUCUCUAACUUUGUUUCGAAAGACAGGAACUUGAGGAUCCUUUGCUGUCUGUCACUAAAGCAAUCCAAUGACCAAAUCGUUACAGCCCAGGACGAUGCAGUUUCGGUCGACAAUUUACGCGUGGUCUUCGCUGCCGGCGGGACUGGGGGGCACAUAUACCCAGCAAUCGCCAUAGCCGACCAGCUCAAACUGGCUAAACCCAGCUCUCAAAUUCUCUUUUUAGGCACACCCAACAGCAUGGAAAGCGCCUCUAUAACCUCCGCUGGCUACGACUUCGAACACAUCCCUGCUGUCCGAUUAGCCCGGCCCAUUCUCCUCUCUCUUCAGAACCUCUUCUUACCCUACCGUCUCUUCAAAUCAACGGUCCAGUGUUUAGCCAAACUGCGCGAUUUCGACCCCCAUAUCGUGAUUGGGACUGGUGGGUACGUCUCAUUCCCGACUUGCUUGGCUGCCGCCAUUAAAGGCAUCAAGCUGGUGAUCCAAGAGCAGAACUCUGUACCGGGUGUUGCCAAUUGGGUUCUUUCCCACUUAUCCGAUGUCGUUUUCGUGGCUUUCAAUUCGACCGUUGAUUGUUUUCCCAAGGGAAAGUGUGUCGUUUCCGGGAAUCCUGUCAGGCUUUCGUCGAAAAAGGCUGCGUCCAAAGGGGCGGCGAGGUUUCGUUUAUUUCCGAAGUCUGAGAAAAUUGAGGAUCCUGAUGCCAAGGUUGUGUUGAUUCUUGGAGGGUCUUUAGGUGCUAACGCUGUAAAUAUUGCUACGUUGAAUCUUUAUCAUCAAAUGUUGAUGGAGAAGGAGAACCUGUUCCUCAUAUGGCAAACUGGGGUUCAAGACUUUAAUGAGAUGGAGAGCCUUGUUAAGAAUCACCCACGUUUGCAUUUAACACCGUUCAUGCAUUCCAUGGAUUUAGCCUACCUUGCUGCAGAUCUUGUUAUUUCCAGAGCUGGUGCAAUGACUUGCUAUGAGAUCUUGGCCCAUGGGAAGCCUUCAAUUCUGAUACCAUCACCAAAUGUUUCUGAAGGACAUCAAUUUAAAAAUGCAUCUCUAAUGGCAGAUUUAGCUGAUGCACAGCUUAUAACUGAAGAUGAACUUGAUUCGACCACCCUGAAAACUGCCAUUGAAGAUUUAUUAGGGGACGAGAGAAAAAUGGCAGAUAUGUCUGAGAGGGCUCUUAAAGCUGCAAAACCUAAUGCCUCUGCUGAGAUUGUUCAGCACAUUCUUUCUCUGGUUCACGUAUCAUCGACCAAGAAGCAACAAUAAUUAAAUCGAUUUUACAGGGAGAGAAACUGAGGAUUGACCAAUUCAGAAUCAGUAGUCACAUGAAAGCAUGGUCCAAUAUCAAUAUUCUGUCAAGUCAACAAUUCUAAUGUUGUGGGAUAAUAGUACGGUUUUCUUCAUCCAAUGACAGAAUAGAAUGUGAGUUCUCUGUAUUUUUUUUCCAAAACUUGUAAUUUGUGUUUUGACAAAUUACUUUUUAGACCUUAUGUUGUGUAAAAUGGUUAAAAUAAAAUCCUAAACCCGAUUUUGGUUAA